CCACAUAAUUACGAGCUACAACAACCUCUUCGUCACCAAAAUCAGAAUUACAAGUACAGGAAAGAGAAGAAGAUAUAUAGACUGAGAUCUGACCCUUCUCAACCCCUUUUACCUACCCUUUCUCUAAACGGUCUUCUGUCAAUCCUUCUUAACCUUCUUCUUCUUUCCUUUUCCUGUUCACUGUCUUGAUCAAUGGGUGUUGAGGUUGUUGGAUCCGAGAUGGAGCAAGUUGAGACUGUAACUGAAGUGGAGAAAUCAUUUCUUCAUGAGAAGGAGAAUGGGAAACUGGACCAGGAUGUUGGUGAUAAGGUGGCUAUAAAAUUUGGUUCCCAAGGAGAGGAGCCGGUUCAGAGAGAAGAGACUAACGCAUCUGAUUCCAACUUCCCAAAGGAUGCAGUUGAUGACUGGUCUGUGCCUCGCCAAAUCCACUCCUUUUAUUUUGUCAGGCAUCGGCCUCAUGAUGAUCCUAAGGUAAAAGCCAAACUUGAACAGCAAGAUAAAGAAAUUGAAAAGUUGAAUCGAGCAAGGUUUCAGCUUAUGGAAGACAUAAAAGCCAGGAAGGCAGAGCGAACAGAGGUGGUUCUUCAGCUGAAGUCUCUGCGGGAUGAUUUUGAGCAAUUUAAGAGUAUGAUGGAUGAGAAAAAGAAGGAAAUAGAGCCACUGCAGCAGGCUCUGGGCAAGCUACGCAACACAAACAUUUCUGGUGGACGUGGUGGUUUAUGUUCAUCUGAGGAAGAGCUUAAUGAUCUUAUCUAUAGCUUGAAAUAUCGCAUUCAGCAUGAAAGCAUCCCAUUAGCUGAGGAGAAGCAAAUUCUCAGAGAAAUCAAGCAACUUGAAGGGACCAGGGAGAAGGUUAUUGCAAAUGCUGCAAUGAGAGCAAAGAUACAGGAUUCAUUGGGUCAGAAAGAAGUCAUUCAAGAUCAGGUUAAGCUUAUGGGUGCUGAUUUGGAUGGAGUGAGAAAGGAGCAACAAGCAAUUCAGUCUAAGAGAAAGCAACUCAAGGAGAAAGCUGACACAUAUGAUAGUAAGAUUGUUGCUUUACAAGAUGAGUUGAACCUUCUGACAGAGAAGAGGAACAAAGCAUUUCAAACCAUCCAGGAUCUGAGGAAGCAACGUGAAGAAGGGAAUAUCCAUUUUUACCGGAGUCGUGGCCUGAUGAGCAAAGCAAGAGAGAUUGCUACUAUGAAAGAUAUAAGUGUACUCAAGGAGCUCUCUAAUGCAGAGGUGGAGAAGUUUAUGGCUCUGUGGAAUGGUAGCAAGGCCUUUAGGGAUGAUUACGAGAAAAGAAUUCUGCAAUCCUUGGACAGUCGGCAACUGAGUAGAGAUGGACGGAUAAGGAAUCCUGAUGAGAAACCACUAGUCUUGCCUGAGGCCCAAUUGCCUGCUGAGGUGGAAACAGUGGCAAAACCAAUUGUAAAGCAACCAAAGGAAGAUAACAAACCUUCUCAACAAGAUGUAAAACCUAACCAGAAGGCCCAGAAAGAUGCGGUUAAGAAAGUCAAAGAUUCAAAAUCCCCUGUAGAGCAUGACAAGGUUGAAGACUAUGAGAUCCCUGAGUCAGAUAAAUUGCAAAAGGAACCUUCUGAAAACAAGGUCGAUGAAGCAAAACUGAAGGAAAUGAAGAGAGAAGAGGAAAUAGCAAAAGCUAAGCAAGCCAUGGAAAGGAAGAAGAAGUUGGCAGAGAAAGCUGCAGUGAAAGCAUCUAUUAGAGCUCAAAAGGAAGCUGAGAAGAAACUUAAGGAGCGUGAAAAGAAAGCAAAGAAGAAGGCAGCAUCUUCAGGACUUGCUACAAAUCCUGAGGAACUGUCUGAAUCUGCAGCAGAGGCUUCAGAAGCUGAAAAGGUUGAAGAAAAUAUCGACGCUUCAGUUCCUGCUCCAGCCUUUGUGAAGGAAAAAUUCCAAAAGGAAAAUGCUUCUAUUCGGCACAGGAGUCGAGCUAAAGGACCUGAUGCUCUUCCAAGAGCCAUCCUGAAACGGAAAAAGUCAACCAACUACUGGAUGUGGGCUGCUGCCGCUGGUUUGGUGGGUCUGUUGCUUCUAGUAUUUGGAUACAUCUAUCUUCUAUGAGCAACUGACUUGAUCAAACCAUCACCAAGAGUCAUGGACAACGCCUUCGGCUUUAACACAUGCUGUAGCUAGGUCCGUAGUGGCAAAAUCUAGUUAAAUUUGUUGUUCUUGUGUCCUGUCAAGGGAUGUGACUCAAAACUCAUAAUGUUGUUGGUAGUCAAGUUAUGUCUGAAUAUUUUCAGGGGCCCAAACUCUGUACUUUGGUCUGUUUUUUUUUCUUUUUUGCCAAAUUUUGAUGUCCUAACUCGGUAAGGCCUUACUUUUA